AUGGCUCCGAAUUACAGUAAAAUAGCAAACAAAAACAAAGUUCUAGCCGGAGCUGGGGCCUUGGGCGCUGUGUUGUUGAUAGUGUUGAAAUAUAGGAAAAAUGCCAAAAUUAACAAAAAGAAGGCGAGAAAACUGCUGGAAGAAGAGGUGAAAUACAUGAUAGCCGAUAAGGAAGAGGCGAAGAUCAAGGCGCAGGUGGACAGGAAGUUCUUCUCGCAGCUGAAUCGAUUGUUCAAAAUAGCCGUGCCGGGCUGGACCAGCCGGGAGAGCGGUUUGUUUUUCCUGAUCGCCGCCAGUCUGGUGUCCCGAUCAAUUUGCGACCUUUGGCUUAUCAAUCACGGUACAAAAAUCGAGAGCGCCAUCAUAGCGAUGGACCCGCAACUAUUCAAGCGCCGCCUACUCUACUAUUUCAUCGCCAUUCCCGUCAUCUCUGUGGUGAACAACGUCCUAAAAUACUCGAUCGGAGCCCUAAAGAUCCAGCUGCGCACGCACAUGACGCGCCAUCUCUACGACGAAUACCUGAAGAACUACACCUAUUACAGGAUCACCAAUUUGGACAAUCGCAUAUCCAACGCCGAUCAAUUGUUGACCACCGACAUCGAUAAAUUCUGCGAAGGAAUCACGGAUUUGUAUUGUAACACGGCCAAACCGUUGCUCGACAUUGGGAUUUACGUUUAUAAAUUGUCGACGACGCUCGGCGGCGGAACGCCCGGCUUGAUGUUGAGCUAUUUGUUCUUCUCCGGGGUGUUGUUGACGAAUUUGAGGAGGCCUACGGCUAGAUUGACAGCGGUGGAACAAAAACUGGAAGGCGAAUUCAGGCACAUCAAUUCGCGAUUGAUCACGCAUUCCGAAGAAGUGGCCUUUUACAACGGCAACCUGAGAGAAAAGGCCACCUUGAUGGCGAGCUACAACAAAUUGCUGAACCAUCUGAGGAAGUUCCUGAGAUUUAGGGUGCUGAUGGGCAUAGCGGAUAACAUCGUGGCAAAAUAUUUCGCCGGCGUGGUCGGUUUCUUCGCCGUAUCGAUGCCGUUUAUGACCAAAGGUCAUCGGUUUACAACGUUGGAUACUAACGAAAGAUCCCGACUAUACUACACCUACGGCAGGAUGUUGGUGAAACUGGCCGAAGCCAUCGGCCGCCUGGUCCUCGCCGGCAGGGACCUCACCCGCCUCGCCGGCUUCACCGCCCGCGUCACCCAGCUCAAAACCGUCCUGAAGGAACUCAACGACGGCAAAUACCACCGCACGAUGGUGCAAGGCGCCGAACGUCUGCGCCCCGACGCCGGCAAAUUGAUCUUCAAAAACAACACCAUCAAAUUCCACGAGGUGCCGCUCAUCACGCCCAACGGCGACGUUUUAAUAGAUCGAAUCUCCUUCGAGAUCACGUCGGGGAUGAACGUGCUGGUGUGCGGCCCCAACGGCGCCGGUAAAUCCUCCCUGUUUCGGAUUUUAGGGGAAUUAUGGCCGCUGUUCGGGGGGGAAAUGACGAAACCGCCGCGAGGUAAACUGUUUUACAUUCCCCAAAGGCCUUACAUGACGUUGGGAAGCCUCAGGGACCAGUUGACGUAUCCGCAUUCGGGGGCGGAGGCGUCGCGACGCGGCCUCACCGACGCCAAAUUGGAGGAGUAUUUGCGUCGGGUGCAGUUGGGGUAUAUUUUGGAUCGAGAGGGCGGGUUGGACGCGAUCGCCGAUUGGUUGGACGUGCUCAGCGGAGGGGAGAAGCAGAGGAUCGCCAUGGCGAGAUUGUUCUAUCAUCAACCGCAAUUCGCGAUAUUGGACGAAUGCACGAGCGCCGUUUCGGUGGACGUCGAAGGCAGCAUGUACAGAUAUUGCAGAGAGGCGGGCAUCACCCUCUUGACGGUGUCCCAUAGGAAAUCGCUGUGGCAACACCACGAGUACGUGUUGCAUUUAGACGGCAGGGGCGGUUAUAGUUUUAAGCCUAUUUCAAAUUGUGAUGAGCAAUUCGGCUCCUAA